CAAAUAGUCCUUGGAUUGAGAGCCUGGUUCGUUGGUUAAUCUCGUAAAUUCACUUAUACACUUACACACGCCAGGCUGCUAGUGCUUCAGUCCACCGAUAACAAGUAACGGAGGAGGAUUUAAUUUAAACAACAACUACUCUGACAGACAGUGUAAAAACACUAGUGCUGCUGCAAGAGGAGAGGGCGGAGGACAGACGGAGAGAUUCAUACGAUCGAAGAGGAAGAAGAGCAUUCUCUUGUCUCAGUGUGGGAUAUUGAUUUAAUAUUAUUAAGUGGAGAUAAAGAAAAUGGUGGAGAUGACGAUGAACAAGGAAACAUCACACUGGUGGUGGUUUGACAGUCAUUAUACCUCAAGUGGAUCUCCAUGGCUACAAUCUACUCUCGCUGAGCUAGACAAGAAGACAAAGUCAAUGCUGAAACUGAUAGAGCCAGAUGCAGAUUCUUUUGCUCAACGUGCAGAGAUGUAUUACAAGAAACGGCCUGAGCUAAUUAGCAUGGUUGAAGAUUUUUACAGGGCACAUCGCUCAUUAGCUGAGCGAUAUGACCAACUUAAGUCUGACUCUGGAAAUCGCCUCCUGGCAACAUUUGGGUUGCCAUUUUCAACCAAACAUCGACCUGAGAAGUUAUUGAGUGUGGAGAUACAUCAAACAUAUGGCAGCCACUCCGAGAUUUACGACGCUGAGGAUUUCGCUGAGUCUGAAGUAGAUGACCCUGAACAAGACCAAAUUCAAGUUGAUGAAGAAUUGGAAGAAAUUGAGACACCUGAAGAAAAGAAAGAAACCCAUGCUGAAGACUCUGCUGAGUCUGAAGUAGAUGACCCUGAACAAGAUCAAAUUCAAGUUGAUGAAGAAUUGGAAGAACUUGAGAUAGAUGAAGAAAAGAAACAAACCCACAUUGAGGACUCUGCUGAGUCGGAAGUAGAUGACCCUGAACAAGAUCAAAUUGGUGAAGAAUUGGAAGAAAUUGAGACACGUGAAGAAAAGAAAGAUGUUGACGUUUGUACCAUGUAUAAUGCUGAAGUGACGAAGUUGAAAGAAGAAAUAGAAAGACAUGAGGUAGAGAAGAGGAUUUACAAGGGUUAUCUUUUGCAGAGAGACGAGGAGAUGAGAGAACAAAAGAAAGAAAUUCCAGCCAAUGAAGGAAUGAGAGAAGCUGACAUUUCAAAGGUUGUGUACAAUGUUGAAGUGAUGAAGUUGAGGGAAGAAAUAGAAAGGCUUAGGGAAGCGAAGACGAUUAGCAAGGAUCAUGUUUUGCAGAAACAUGAAGAGAAGAGAGAAGAAAAGAAUGAAACUCAAGUCAACGAAGGAAUGAAAGAAGUUGAAUUUUCAAGUGUUUUGUACGAUUUUGAAGUGAUGAAGUUGAGGGAAGAAAUAGAAGGGCUUGGGGAAGAGAACAAGAUUUACGAGGAGCUACUUUUGCAGAAAGAUGAAGAGAAACGAGAAGUAAUAAGACAGCUAAGUUUAACAGUUGAAGUGUUGAAGUUGGAGAAUACGAAGCUGAGGAAGUGUGUAGCUAGAGACUCCCACAAAAAAGGAAGCCAUUUCACAGUCGAGAAGCUGAAGGAUGUAUUUCUUGGGAAGCUUUUUAAUGCAACUUCAAAGUCUCAUAGUAGAGUCCAAGCUCUGUAGAUGUGGAUUUUCGACGGCAAGUAGGGUAGUUUGUAAACACAGUUUGUAUCUAUAUAUAGAUGAUUAUACUAUGAGGUGUAAUCCAGAGUAGAGUCCAACCUAAGAAAUCCAGUAUAGUGUAAUCUUUAUUAUGAUGAUAUUCUUGAACCUAGUUUUCAA